AUGGAGAAACUUCAAGAAUGUCAUCUCAGAGCAGUCAAGAGAGUGUUGAGAUACAUCAAAGGUACGAUUGAUCAUGGUGUGUUGAUGCCGGAGCAGAAGAAUACCAUUACAAAUGGAGAAAUACGUGGUUACACUAAUUCAUAUUUCUGUGGAGAUCAAGACGAGAAGAAGAGUAAUGCAAGCUUAAUAUUCAUGAUAGGAGGCGCUCCGAUCUCUUGGAGGUUGAGGCAGAAAAUCAUUGUCACUUUGUCAUCAUUUGAAGCUAAGUAUGUGGUUGCAUCAUAUGCAACAUAUCAAGCACUAUGGAUAGAGAUAUUGUUAGAAGAGCUCAAGAUUAUGGAACCUAAGAAAAUGAAGAUGUUUGUAGAUAAUAAGUCAGCUAUCGACCUAGCCACUCAUCCUAUGUGUCAUGGUCGAUGUUGA